AUGAGUAGUAUCCUCAAAAAGCAAAUCGAUCUCUCCCAAACCUCCCCAGAUACUUAUGACAUAUCUUGGCAUGUCGACUGGACUCUCGGCCUAACUCUACAUGGAGGGUGCAUCGCCGCUGCAAUUCACCACGCCGCCGCAACGUAUCUUACUACCAACCCAACGCUAGCAGCCCGCAACCAACCCGACGUCCUCAGCCUGCAUCUCGACUUCCUCCGACCAUGCGAGCCUCGCAACAGCACGAUUACAAUUACACCUCUCAAAGUUGGCGCUGCCGCAAGUACCCUCCAGCUACAGCUUACACAAGAGGGCAAGCCUAGGGUGCUGGCUCUAGUCACAUCAACCAACUUUGACAAAGAUCUCGGCCCUACUGCGACCACUGCCUGGAAUCUCGAGCCUCCUCCGCCGCCUGUACCCGACUUCGAUCGUGUCUUGGCACACCAGCCCGAUGAGAACUGGAUUCCAGGUCGUGUUGUGGGGGAGCUUAUCCCCCUGACACACCGGAAGCUUGAUCUGCUUCCUCGUGUUGGCUUUCCUGUUGAUGGGAUUUGCGACGCUUGGCAUAGCUUCGUUGCAGACGAGCGUAUGGACGCUACCUACCUGGCCUUGAUUGCCGAUAGUACCCCCUCCAUGUCGGAUACGCUUCUAUACAACGGCGGCCCCUAUGAUGCUCAUACAUUCCACAAGCAGAUGGAACAGUGGGCCAGGGAGAACCCUGGGGUGCCUUGCGUGAUAACUAACUCUAUUGCUGAUGCAAUGAAAGCUACCCACUUUAAUAUUACUCUUACUAUGGACAUUCAGUAUAAGCGGAGGCUUCCUCGGGAAGGACGUCGUUGGGUAUUUACAAGAGCUGCUACCAAGAAGUUACAGAACGGAAGAAUGGACAUGGAUUUUACUAUUUGUGAUGAGGAUAUGGAGCUCCUUGCCACGGCUCGGCACGUCAUUCUUGUUCUCGAUGCCCAGAGGAAGUUCCGCAGCGGCAAGGAGAAAUCGGCUCUGUAG